CUUAUAACGACCCACCUUCCAAAGCGAGAAAAUAAGAGAAAAUCUUUCCAUUCAAUUUCAAAUAAGGAAGAGUAAUGUUUAAUUAUUAUUUUCCUUCUCCCUACAGGAAACUCAUAUGUUCUUAAUAAAAAUGCUUCAUCUCCACACUCAAACAAUCUCUCCUCCCAAUAAUGGAGAAUUGGGUUCCAGUGAAGGUCUUAGGUCAAGGUUCUUAUGCUGUAGUUUGCUUAGCAAAGCAAUCCAUUAGAAAAUGUUCUGAUAAUAAUCUUCCCUAUUAUUUUGCUCUCAAAAUUUAUCCUCUUCAACAUAAUUCUUCCUUGUUGUGGGAAGAACAAGUACUGAAACAGUUCAAGGGCUGUCCAGAAAUUGUUCAAUAUUUUGGUAGUGAGAUAACCAGAGGGGGAAGUUUUUGUAAUGAUAAGGAUUUUUACACUUUGAAGUUGGAGUACGCUGCGGGAGGGACUUUGGAUGACUUGAUCAAACAAAGAGACAAGUUACCUGAGGAUGAGGUGAAAGAUUAUCUUCGAAUGAUACUUAAAGGUCUCUCAUGUAUUCAUAGUAAGGGAUUUGUUCACGUUGAUCUUAAGCCUAACAACAUUCUUGCAUUCCCUCAAAGUGAUGGUAAGAUGAAGUUAAAAAUUGCUGACUUUGGACAGGCAGAGAGAUGCAAGUAUAGGGAUGAUAAUGGUCAACAUAAAAGGUACGGGUAUUGCAGUUCAUUGAAGUUUAAAGGAUCACCAAGAUAUAUGUCACCUGAAUCCAUCAUCUUCAACGAAGUCGAUGACGCGCACGAUAUUUGGUCGUUAGGUUGCAUUUUGGUUAAAAUGAUAUCUGGAAAGUGUGUGUGGGAUGGUUAUACAGAUUCUAAACAAUUGAUGAUAGAAGUUUUGGAUAACAAGAUUAUGGCAACAAUACCUGGGGAGUUAUCCGAACAAGGUAAGGACUUCAUUAGAAAAUGCUUUAUUCGAAGUUAUAAACAACGGUGGACGGCUGAUAUGUUACUCCAACAUCCCUAUCUCAAUCAAGAAAAUGAAGCUCCAAUGAAAGAGGAUGAAGCUACGAUGAAAGAUGAUGAAGCUACGAUGGACGGCGGCUCAUAUUCUUUCAAUAGAUUGAUUUUAAAAUUCCCAAUAGCAAAAUUAUUUUUAACUUGUUUUAACCAAUAGUUGAGCAAUAUUUUUUUUCACUCCAUCAACAUAAACAAACAAACAAGAUGUAAAUUCACGUAUAAGUGAUGGAAAAACCAAUCAUUUUUGUGUUGAGUUGAGUUAACACAAUUUCUUUACUCAUUGUAUGAAUAAGGAAUAAAAUCAAAUAAAAUAUCGUCCAAAGA